ACUUGUUGCUGCUUUUGAGGGCCUGAAGUCAUGCUUUUUCUGGGAGAAAGGUGGAAGGGAUAUGGGAAGGAAUUUAUAAGCCUUCUUUCAGCAGCCCCUAAUCAUCUCUCACUGAGUCUUGACAGGAAUCCAGAGCAGCAUUCCUGAACAUGGCCACAAAAAUGACUCGCUACAAGCGUCUCAAUGGGAAAACCCGACAUUCCCUGGAAUUGCUUCAGCUAACUUCUUUUGUUCCUGAAACACCUGCUUUAGAUAAUAAAGAACACCUUUACCUGCUCUCAGCUCCCUAUGUGUCCCUGGGAGGACUCUCGCCAAAUGAGGAGAUAGCUAAGGUUGCAGGUCCUUUGAAAAAUCGUUCUUUCCGCAAGCAAGCCGGGCUCACCAAUCGCUGGCAAUUUCCAUCCAGCCCAAGUUGUGACCUCCUGGGAAUUUCACAAGCGAAUAAGGCCACCCGGGUUGGUCUCAAUGAGACCUUGAUGAGAAUGAUAUCAGCUGACACUCCCAUGUCUGUGAGUGCAGAACAAGAGGACCGGAAGGAAAAUGGAGACUUUCAGAAUGCGUAUGAUUUGAAGCAUUUGCCAAGCACUCCAAAGCACAAGCAUAGACCCAGGGUUUCAUCCCAGCACAGAACUCCAAAUGAGAGCCUGUUUUCUUACACGCAAAAGAUCACAGAAGGCAUGGAGGCAGAUGUAACCCUGGAGUGCUUGGGUUUCCAAUGGGAACUUCAUCGCAUGUACUUCUUCAAAUCUCAGGUCCUCUCACAGCUUCUUGCUGCGGCUGUUCAGAAAUGUGACUUACAAAUAACAGAAAGCAAGCCCCAAGUCGAGAAAGAAACCAGAUGUUAUAAGCAGCGUCUCUUGAAUAGUCGCAAAAGCAAAGAACUCCUCAAACAGAAGAAAACGAUGCCUAGAGUCACAAUUGCAUUGGAGGUUAAUGAUCCAGACGUCACUCGAUUUGCCUUUGCUGUUGCACUCAAGAAUUUAUACAACUCUGAACUCGAAGUGAAUGAAGAAGAUGUUCUGGGAGUCCUGGCUACUGCAGAGGUAUUACAGUUCCCUAGCCUGUUCCAGAAGUGUGUGCAGGUUAUGAGAAGAAGCAUUUGCCCAGCCAGUGUCUGCAGCUAUUAUUCUGCAGGCUGCAAGUAUCAGCAGCCCACCUUGAUCACCGAAUGUGAGCGAUGGAUAGAGGUGAACCUUGUUGCACAGCUUGGCUCUCAGAUUCACCUGCGGCAGCUGCCCCUGGAACUACUGCAGAAAGUGAUCAGAUCUUCAAGGUUAUUUACUUUCAAUGAAUUUCAUCUCCUGCGAACUGCACUAUGCUGGGUCUUCCUACAACAGAAUCCCAAAAUUCAGAUAAUUCCAUCUUACGAUACCGUCCUCACAUAUUUUAGCAGCUUACCCAAGAUAUGUGCCUUCCUGGAAAGGGAAGUAGGACAGCGAUACAUAGCUAUUUUUCAGUCCCUCCGUUUACACGGCAUCACUUCAAGCAGGCAUCUGGAGGAACUCUGGGAAAUUAACUUCCUUCCUCUGCCGUGGCUGACGAGGAUCUUGUCUGAUCAUUACCAUGCACUAGAGAAUGGUGGUGACAUGGUAUUUCAGAGAGACUUUAACACUCAGGCAGUGAGAUUUGGUCUGGUGCUUACACAGGAGCCAAGGUACCAUUCAGAAAUAAUUUCCAUUUAUGGAUUCUUCUUUGAGAUAAAAGCAGUAAAACAUGAUGCUUCAGCCUACAGUUUUUACAUGCAGAGAGUCAAACAUGCAGAUCCAAUUAUAUCUUUUUUUACUGCCGAACGGAGUCCUGUCAGUUUAAAGGAGACACGUGAAGUUAAGUAUGAAAUCAAAGCACAGUGUCAGAUAGAUGGGAAAUGGGAAGAAUUCACUACGAAGAGACUUACUCAAAGGUUUGGAGUUAAGAAGCCCAGCUGUAAAAGCAUGGUUUUGAAAGCAUGCAUACCAUCGGUUCCAAUCUAUGUGACCUUUUCUCUUCUUUUCCCAACAUCGUAAGAGACAGCAAGCACUCUCUGGGCAGCUCUGCUGAAGGACUCAUUUUGACACCUAGCAUAUGCGUAGGAGUGUUAAUAUCAUACGUCUAAGGGCCUGCACUGGUCAGGCAGGUGAUCACAUUUCGCAUAACAGGAGAAUAAACUGCACCCUUCCCUCA